AUGUGUAAUAUAAAUGUUAAUAAAUAUUAUAAUAAUUAUAUUAAAGAAAAUAAUAUAAAAUUAUAUAAUAAAUUAAUUAAUAGAAAUUUGGAUAAUUGUGAAAAUAAUUUAAUUGAUGAAAAUAAAUUAAUUAAUGAAGAUUUGGAUAUUAAUAAAUUAAUUAGAAUAAAAUUGAAAAGAAAAUUACAAAAUUCCGAAAAAUUGGAAAAUUUUGAAAAUUAUGGACAUUCUGAUAAAAAUUCGGUUAAUUAUGAAAAUUUAGAAAAUUCUGAUAAUUUUGUAAAUUCUGAUAAUUAUGAUAAAAAUUUGGAUAAAAAAGAUAUUAAUGUGUAUUUAAUAAAUUUGAAUAAAUUAUUAUUGAAAUAUAAUAUAAUAAUAGAAGAAACAUUAGAAAGUAAUAUAUGGAAAUUAUUAAUAAAUAAUAAAAAUUUAUUAAAUAAUAAUUUUAAAAUUAUUUAUUAUUAUAAUUUAUACAAAAAAAUAAAUAAAAUUAAUAAAAUUAAUUUAUUAAAUAACAAUUUGAAUAAUUUGUUGAAUGAUGAAAAUAAAUUUAAUAUAAAUAUAAAAUAUAAUUUUACAUUUUCUAAAUAUUUUCAUGGAUUUUAUUUACACUUUUUUUUAAAUUUUUCUAUAUUAUCAUUACCAUUAUUACCAUUCUAUACUAAUAAUACUAAUGGUAGUAAUUUUAGUGAGGAAAAUUUGAGUACUAAAAUUGCUGCACCUAAAGUACCUAAUAAUACUACUAAUAAUAUGGUAGAUAGUAUAGAUGUUGAUAAAAAAUUUUUGGAUAUAAAUGUAUUUGAUAAAUUUAUAUUAAAAUAUUAUUUUAAUAUUAAUUUACAAAAUAAUGAAAUUAAUGAAAAUAAUUUAGAAAAUGGUAUAAAUUUAGAAAAUUCGGAAAAUUCUGAAAAUAAAAUUUUGGAUAAUAAAUUUGAAUAUUUAAUAUAUGAUAAAACAUUUAUAUUAAUAAAUAUAAAUAAAUUUAAUAUAAAAAAUUAUUAUAAUAUUAAUAUAAAUUUAUUAUAUAAUGAUUUUCUAUUAAUAGAAAAUUAUUUAAAAUAUUUAUAUAUAUGUAAUUUUAUAACAUUACACACAAAUAGAUUAGAAAAUAAUGGAUUAGAAGAGGUUACAGGAGAAAAAAAGGUUGCAAGAAAAAAUGAAUUAGAUACAGAUGGAAUAAAAUAUGAUAUAAUAAAUAUAAUGAAAAUAUGUAAAGAAUUGAAUAUAAAUAAUUUUUUAUAUGAUAUUAAUUCUUUUAAUAUUUUAUUCAAUUAUAUUAAUUCCUCCGUUACGGUGACUGGUCCCACUAGUACUAAUACUACUGGUACUAAGAAUAGUAAGGAUAUUACUGGAAAGGCAGCUACUGGUAUUGGUACCAAGUGUACUACUAAGGAUAUUGGUACAGUUGGAGCAAGCACCGUAACGGAAUUAAAUAUAAGAAAAAUAUUAAAAAAUAAUAAUUAUUAUAAAAUAAUAAAUGGAAAUUAUAUAGAAAUAAUUGAUAAUAAUAAAUUUCUAUUUCAAUUAUUAAUAUUAUUAUAUAUUAAUCCUAAUUAUAAUUUAAAUUUCAUAUUAUAUCUUAUACAUAAUAAUAGUACUACUAUUAAGGGAAAGGGAGCUAAUGACACUUUUAGUACCCCUGGAAAGGGAGCUAAUUUUACGGUUACAGAGUGUACUAGUGAGAAAAAUCCUAAUGAAAUUGCUGUUGUAACUAAAACUGGGGAGUCAACUACUUUUUCCAAGGAUACUAAUACUGUGGAUGGUAAGGGUAUUAAGGGUACGGUAGGACCAAGCACCGUAACGGAAUUAAAUAUAAAUGAAAAUAAUAUAAUAAUAUAUUUGAAAAUAUUUGAAAAAAUAUAUAAUGAAAAAUAUGGUUAUUUUUUUCAUUAUUAUUUUAAUAAAAUAUUAUCCAUAAUAAAUAAUAUAAAUAAUAUAAAAGAUAAUAUGAGAAAUUAUAUAAAAAAUAUUAUUAAUAAAUUUAAAUUAAAUUUUAAUAAUAUUGAUAAUAAUUAUUAUAAUAAAAAAACUUUUUUAUUAUAUAUAUUACAAAUUUUUUAUCCAUCCGUUACGGUGUCAGGUACUACUGCUAGAGUUGUACCUGUUACUAAGGAUACUACUACUAAGGGAGGUUCAGGUACUAAUUCUAAGGAUACUAAUAAGGGUUUUAAGAGUACUGCUGGAGCAAGCACCGUAACUGAAAUAAAUCUUAUUAAGAAUAAGAAAUUAAUAGAAAUAUAUGAAUAUUGUUAUAAAGUAUUAUUAUAUUAUUUAAAUAAUUUAUCAUAUAAUAUUGAUGAUAUUAUAUUAUUAACUAUUAAUAUUAUUAUAUAUAUUUUUACUAAUACUAAUAUUAUUCUUCAUUAUCAUAUUAAUCUUAAUACCAAUAUUAAAGAUAUUAAUACUGACACCAUAACAGAAGAAAAUAUUAUUGCUGCUCCUGUAGAAAAAAAUAUUGUUGCUCCUGUAGAAAAAAAUAUUGUUGCUCCUGUAGAAAAAAAUAUUGUUGCUCCUGUAGAAAAAAAUAUUGUUGCUCCUGUGGAAAAUUCUAUUACUAAAUUUGCUGGUAAUGAAAAAGUAAAUAAUAUAGAUGUAAAAGAAUUAUGUAUAAUAAUAAUAGAGAAAUAUUUAAUGAAUAAUAUGAAUAAGAAAAUAACAUUAUAUACGAUAUAUAAAUUAAUGAAAGAAUAUGAUAUAAAGAAUAUAGAAAUUGGUGAAAUGAAAUAUAUCCGUAAUAAAAAAAUGGAAAAAAUAAUUUAUAAUAAUAUUAAUAAACUUUCUAAUUAUGAUUUUAGAUAUUUUGUAUUAUAUUUAAUACAAAAUAUUAAUAAUAAUUGUAAUAGGAAAAAAUUAUAUCAAUUAUUAGAUUUAGCUUUAAUUUAUAUACCUUCUUUACUUAAAUUUAUUAUUAUUUUUAUACUCAAUGAUUUUAUUUAUUCCGUUACGGUGUCAGGUACUACGGGUAGUAUUACUCCUCCAAAGGGAGCUGUUACUAAGGUUACUAAGGAUAUUGGUACCGUUGGAGCAAGCACCGUUACGGACACCGUAACGUAUAAAAUAAAUGAAUUAGUAAUGAAAUUAAAUAAUAUAUUAUUAUAUAAUAUAAAAAAUAAUGAAAAAGAUUAUUUAUCAUUAGAAAUUUUAUAUUAUUUAUUAGAUUAUAUUAAUAAUUCCGUUACGGUGACUGGUCCACCAGACAGUACUACUAAUAAUAUUCCUGGAAAGAGAGAUAAUUCUAUGGUUACAGAGUGUACUACUAAGGAUACUAAUACUGAGGAGUCUAGUACUGUUGCUGUUGGACCAGACACCGUAACGGGAAAAAUAAAAACAUAUAAAGAAAUAAUGAAAAAAAUGAAUUUGGAAUAUUUAUAUAAAUGUUCAUAUUAUAUAAAAUCAUAUACAAGAACAAUUUAUAUAAUUAAUCAAAUAAUAACAAUGAAUAUUAUUAAUUUUAAUCUAUACUAUAAUUAUCUAUUGGAUAUUAAUUUUAAAUAUCCUAUCCAACAACAAUCUUAUCAACCUAAUGAACCAUGUCAAAUAGGAGACUGCCACCCCUGUCAACCAGGAGACUGUCAAAUAGGAUCUAAUUGUCAUGAGAGUAUGGAAGAUAUAAUUGAAAUAUUAUCAUUAUCAUAUUUAAAUUUGAAUAAUGAUAUAAUUUAUAAUUAUCUUAAUAAUUUUAAUACAUAUAAUUUAUCUAAAUGGAAUUUACAAUAUCCCAAUACGGUGUCUCCCGUUACGGUGACUGGUCCACCAGACAGCAAUCCUCCUCCUAAAGGAGCUAAUUCUAUGGGUAUGGAGUGUAUUAAUACUAAUAGUACUAAGGAUACUAAGGAAACCCCUUUCGGUGCUGGUGUUGGAGCAAGCACCGUAACGGUAGAAGAAAAUAUAAAAUUAUUAUAUAUAUCAAUUAGAGAAAAUAAUAUAAAUAAUUAUAUUAAUUAUAUACAAAAUUUAUCAACAUUUAAUAUUAUUAAUUUUAUUAAAUCUUAUUACUCCGUUACGGAGUCAGGUCCAACGGAAAGUACACUUAUACCUGUGACUACUAAUAUUACUACUCCAAAGGGAGAUAAUAGUACUAUUACUCUUAAUACGCCUUAUAACCUUAAUACUACUUUAGAUACCCUAAAUAACCUUACUACUACUCUUAAUACUGUUAAUAGUGUUAAUACUGUUAAUAGGCUUGAUAGUCUUAAUACUGUUAAUAAUAUUGAUUGGACCAAGCACCGUAACGGACACUGUAACGGGAUAUUGAAUGAAAUAAUAAAUAGAUCAAAAAAAUUGAAUAAUAAUAAUAUAAAAUUAAUAUAUGAAAUAUAUAAAGAAUAUGAUGAAAUAAAUUCAAUAAAUUAUAUAUUAAGAAUAUUUAAUAUGAAAAUAUAUAAUAAUAUAAUUUAUAAUGAAUUAAAUGAUUAUAAAUCACUUUAUAAAUUUAUUUAUAAUAAUUUAUUACACAAAUUACAAUUUUCUAAUCAAUUUUUAUAUUUCAAACUUUUUCAUAAUUUUAUUAAUCAAUCUUAUCUUAAUUAUUAUUAUAUACUUUUGGAUAUAUACUCCGUUACGGGGUCUUCCGUUACGGUGCUUGGUCCAACAGACAAUAUUCCUCCUCCUAAAGGAGCUGAUACUAAGGUUAAUACUAAUACUAUGAGUACUGUAGGUACUGGUGUUGAGGGAACUGAUGCUGUUGGAGAAAGCACCGUAACGGACACCGUAUUGGAGGAAGAAAUAGAUAUAAAAUUAUUAUUAAUGAAAUAUUAUUGUAAUUUGGAUAAUAAUUUACAAUAUGUAAUAAUAAAUAAUGUAUUAAGAUUAUUAAAUUGUAAUAAUAAUUAUAAAUUAUAUUAUUUAUAUUCUGAUUAUCUUUAUCAAUUAAUUAUUAAUAAAUUAAUUAAUUCACAAUCUAUUAAUUUAAUAUCCAAUACGAUGUCAGGUUCCUCAACUACUAAUAUUACUAAUACUAAGGAUAUUACUAAUACUACUAAUAGUACUACUAAGGAUACUAAUACCACUGAGGGUAAUACAAAGUGUACUAUGGGAACUGGUGCAGUUGUACCAAGCACCGUAACUGAAGAUAAUAUAUUAAAUAAUAUACAAAUUAAUACUAUAUUACAAUCUAUUAAAGAAAAUUUUAAUGAAAAAGAGAAAAAUGAAAAAAAUAAAGAAAAAGAAAAUUUGAAUGAGAAAAAAUAUAUAAAUGGUAUUGACGGUAUUAUUGGUAUAAAUAAUUUAUAUGAUUAUUCUAAUUUAUUAUUACAUACACUUAAUAUACAUUUUUUAACUUUAUUAUAUUAUUCCAAUACGGUGACUGGUACUACGGUUACCAAUAGUACUGGUAUUAGUAGUAAUGGUGUUAAUAAGGAUACUAAUACUAAGGUUACUGAGGGAGUUAGUGGCAGUGGACCAAGCACCGUAACGGAUGACACUGUAACGCAUAAAUAUAGUAUAGAAAAUAUAAUGAUAAGAAUAAUAUAUAUAUUAAUAAGAUAUUCAAGUGAAGGUAAUAUAGAAUUAGAACGUGGUAUAAUAUUAAAAGAAGAAUUAGUAAUAUUUUUAUAUAAAAGAAUGUAUAUAAUAUUUAAUCAUUUUAUGGAUAAAAUACCAAUUAUUUUCUAUUAUAUUGUUAUAAAUCAAUUAAUUGGAUCUACUGUACAUAAAUUAUUAUCCAAUUUAAGUAUAAUCAUAUUAAAUAAAUUAUUAUACAAAUUUACUAAUAUUAUUCUAUGGUAUAUUACUUAUUUCAAAUUCUCUAAAAAUAAUAUUCUUAAUAAUAUAUUUAAUCAUAUUAUUAAUUUCAAUAACGGUGCUUGCUCCAAUAAUACUAUUCUUACUACUAAUAUUCCUAGUAGUACUAAUAUUAGUACCAGUACUAUUAGUGGUACCAUUGGAGCAAGCACCGUUACUAAAGGAAAGAGAUUUAAUACUAUUGAAAAAGGAGUUAAAGAAAAGAUAAAUAAUUUAAUAAUAAAAUAUAAUAUAUUAUAUAAUGAAUUAUAUAAAUUAUCAUUAAAUAAUUGUAAACAAAAUGAUGAAAUUAAAUAUUUAAAUAAUCUUAAAAAUUUUUUUAAACAUCUUAAUACCAAUUCCACAAAUAGUAACUCCCUUAGUACCAAUAGUACUUACAAUAGUACUUACAGUAGGAGUAAUAGUAGUAGUAGUGAUGUGGAUGAAGGAAUAAUAUUACCAAAUUAUGAAAUAUUAUUAUUUAAUAAUAUUUAUAAUAAUAUUAUGAAAGAAUAUAUUAUUAAUAUUUCAAAUGAUAUUAUUACUUUAAAAUCUAAACAAAAACCUAAAAUUAUUACUUUUAUUACUUGUUUUUCUCCUUCCGUUACGGUGUCUAGUUCUACUGGAAAGGGAGCUAACAUUACUAAUACUAAUACCUUAACUACUACUACCAUUGGAGCAAGCACCGUUACUAAGGGAAAGGGAACAAAUAAGGAAGUUAGUGAUAAUAUAUUGAAGAAUAGAAGUUAUAUAUUGAAGAAUGAAUUGAAAGGUGAUUUACGUAAAGAUUUACGUAGUAUGGAUAGUAUAAAAUAUGUGAAUAAAUUAUUGGAAUAUAAAUUUCAAUAUAAAUUACGUGUAUUUAAUGUGGUAAUAAUAUCAGAAAUUAUAGGAUUAAUACAAUUUUUACCUAAUUUAAUUACACUUAAAACAUUAUAUAAUGAUAUUGAACAUAAUAAUUCUAUACAAAAUCCUAUUACUAAUGGUAAUAUUGAUAUGAAAAAACUCAUUAUGCUUUAUAUUAAAUAUGUUAAUUCUAAACAUUAUCAUAAUUCUUUUUAUAUAUAUAAUAUUAUAUUACAACUUCUUUAUUCUCCCAUUACUCCCGUUACGGAAUCAGAUCCACCAGAUAAUAUUCAUCAUCCAAACAGCACUAUUCCUCCUCCUAACAGUACUACUAUAGGAAAGGGAGCUAAUUCUAAGGUUAUGGAGUGUAUUAAGGGUAAUAGUAGUAAUAUGGGUAAUAUGGGUAUUGGUAGUGAGGGAGAUGGUAAUGUUGGAGCAAGCACCGUAACUAAUAAUAAAUAUUAUAAUAGUUUAAUGAAUUAUAUAAUAAAAAAAGAAAAAGAAAUAGAAUAUAAUAAAUUAUAUGAAAUGAGUAAUAAAUUUAAUUUAAGUUGUAGUAUAUGGAAUAUAUUUGGAUAUAUAAUUGGACUUGGUGAUAGACAUACAGAAAAUAUAUUAAUUGAUAUUAAAAAUGGUGAUUUAAUACAUGUUGAUUAUGAUUGUUUAUUUGAUAAAGGUUUAAAAUUAUUAAUACCUGAACUUGUACCAUUUAGAUUAACACCUAUUCUUUUACAUAAUUUAGGUAUCCAUAACGGUGCUUGUACACACCACUAA